GAGAGCUGCCCGUCCUGAGCGCCCACUGCGGCCAAACAACAGAGACAGACGCCGGUUCUGAGGGGAACACCCACUCACACAUUACACGGCUCUCCGGACUCGGACUUUCUUUCUACUUUUAGAACAGUUACUUUGUGAGAAAAGGAAAGAAAAAAAAAAAAAAACUACGCUACGCUUUACUUUCUUUUAUUUUCUUUUUAUUCCUUUUUUGUGUCUCGGUUUGGUGAAGCAGAGCUGGACCUCAUCAGAUAAUUUCUUCUUGUGGAUGCGAGUCUCUUGUUUCACUCAACAGCCGGUUUCCGUCUAACAGGUUAUUUGUGUUGCUGCUGUUCAAAGACAGAGAGGAAAGGACUGGGAUAUGAUUCCAGGUGACAAAGCGAAGGAAGUCUUCAGCUCAACAGAGAACAUAAAUGAGUAUUUGCCAUGCUACAUGGGAAGGCUCUAAACUCCACCCUGGUCUUGCUCCUCAUCCUCACCUUUGCCACUGCCCACGGUCGCUCCUACCCACGCUUUUCACGUAAUGACACUGAUUUCCAGCACCUUGUGCUUCACCCGGACCCCUCUGUGGGGACGGUGUACGUGGGGGCCAGGAACCACCUCUUCCAGUUGGAUGGAUCAGAUGGACUUCGGCUGGAGCAAGAGGAGGCGACCGGUCCGGUGAGCGACAGCAAAGACUGCCUUCCACCUGUCAAUGAGGCCAACUGUCCCCAGGCCAGAAGAACCAGUAACCACAACAAAUUACUGCUGGUGGAUCCAGCAGCGUUGGAGUUGAUCACCUGUGGCAGCGUGCACCAGGGCACAUGCCAGAAACGCAGCUUGGCAUCGAUCAAAAAGGUUCUCUUCUCCACUGAGAGGCCCGUGGAUACACAGUAUGUUGCAGCCAAUGAUCCAUCAGUGUCAACUGUGGGGCUGGUGGUUGGGCUUCAUGGCGGGAAAAGAACUGUGAUGUAUGUGGGUCGGGGGUAUACUGCCAGCCACCCGCCCAUCUCCACUCGCCACCUUUCAUCAGAACCCAUCUUUUCCUACGAGGAGACAGCUAAGCUAGCUGUGGCUGGGCGUCUGUCGGAAUAUGACCAUCAUUUUGUGACAGCGUUCACACGGCGCUCGUACGUGUACUUCUUGUUUUACCGUCGUGACAUCAAGUCAGUAUCGAGGGAGUACCGGACCUAUGCCGCCCGAGUCUGCCUGGAGGACACCUCCUACUAUUCAUAUGUGGAAAUUCCUCUUGUCUGCCGAUCAAAAUCCUCUCCUUCCAGGACUUAUAAUCUUCUCCAGGCAGCCCAGGUGGGACAAGGUGCAGGCCUGCAAGGCGAGGAUCUGCUGGGAGUCUUCUCCACCCGCAUCAGUUCCACAAACAACAACCCCACAGAUGCCUCGGCUCUGUGCGUUUUCCCUCUGGAUGAGCUAGACAGACACAUCGACUCCACCCGUGACCUCUGUUACACCCAAGAUGGGCGGGUGGAGGGAAGAGGAGAAGUGGCCUAUAUAGAGUAUGAGGUCAAGUCCAGCUGUGCCAACCUGCCCCUGAACACCCUGAAGGCCUAUCCCUGCGGCUCUGACCACACCCCAAGUCCAAUGGCAAGCCGGGCACCGCUGGAAGCUAAAGCAGCGUGGCACACUUCAGCCGCCCGUCUCACUGCUGUGGCCGUCAGUGUCAGAGAGGGACACAGCAUCGCCUUCCUGGGAGAUUCCAAAGGAACUCUCCACAAGGUAUAUCUCGGCCAAGACGGCAUGGUGGAGGUAUAUGCGAACGCGACGAUCCAUCCCAACUCACCCAUUAACAGUGACCUUUUACUGGAUCAGAAUGGAGCUCACAUCUACAUCAUGACUAAAACUGCUGUAGAGAAGCGUCCAGUGGCAGAAUGUGGAGACCACUUGGACUGUCAGUCAUGUCUGUCCGCCAAGGACCCCUACUGUGGUUGGUGCGUCCUGGAGGGACGUUGUGGCCAGCGGUGGGAGUGCCAGCGAGGGUCCGUGCAGGGUCAGUGGUUGUGGAGUUUCAACCAGACACAGCAGUGCCUCAGCAUCCAGCACCUCAGCCUCUACAACAUCAGCCUCGGGGAGAAAAUUGAUAUCGCAGUGUCAGUAGAGGGCCUCCCCAGUCUGAAACAAAGCGAGGCCUACUCCUGCUUCUUCCACGACACAGAAACUCCUGCCUUGCUCACUACCACUGGUGUUAUAUGCGCUACCCCUGAUGACAGCACUCUACCCCCCAUUGGCCACGGAGAUGAGUUCGUCAUGGUGACGCUUUCACUGCGUUUCAUAAACGUGACGGUAGCAGAGACAGAGUUCACCUUCUACAACUGCAGCUUGGUCCAGCAGCUGUCUGGACGCAGGCCAUGCCAAGGGUGUGUUAGCAGCCGCUGGGGGUGUAACUGGUGUAUUCACCAGCAUGUCUGCACACAUAAACACACCUGCAGCCAAGGAGUCACCAUCUACAACCAAAACUUCAAACCGCAAACCCCCACCAUCCCACCACCCACCAGAACACCGACCCCUUCACCUCCUGCUGUCCCGACUGCUCCAACAACAACAACAACAACAACAACAGCCACUACAACAACACAGCCACCACCCACAGAGAAAUCUGCCCCCACCACAACAGCUGUCCCCUCAACUACCACCACAGUGACACCACCCACCACCCCUCAUGUCGAGCCCACCACACCAAUUACCCUCGCCACAACUCCCCCCUUUGUCGGGAUCCCAACCCAGGCCGCCACUGUACGCGCCGAUGUCACCGCCACAGGGCUCUCUGAUGCGGAGGGGAUAACAAAGGGAACUGGCGGUACAACAAGAGGCUUUCCAAAGCAUGAGGACACCUUAAAUAUCACUGACGAAACUCAACACAUUACAUUACCCAGCAGCACUAGUGCCCAGCCAGACUCUCUUUUGAGAUUUUUAGAGCCAUCUGGUGAAGCAACAGGCUCUUCCUCUGAAAUGAGCACCACAACUUCCAGAGAAGUGCCGCUCUUAGUAGACCUUCCCGGCAGUGACGACAAGGAACCCGUUCCCGUGGCCACUUCUGAGGAGAAUGAUUCACCUUCCUGGCAGAAUAGGUGGGAGAACCCAGAGGGAAAGGUGGAGUCAGCAACGGAUUCAGCUGCUGUUCAGUCGUUUGUCUUUACGCAAUCACCUGAUACAGUUAUUGGCUUCGAUUCUGAAUCUGCGACAAACUCACAAUCUGACUCUUCGGCUGACUCUUACUUCCGGGAAUGCCCGUGUGUGGAGAAAGUGCAAGAUUCUUCUCUCCUCCCGGUCAAUGUGGAGCGGAAGAUCACGCUGGUGGGACAACACCUCAACCUCUUUCAGGAUGAGAAUUUGGACUACGAGUGUGUGCUGGACAUUGAGAAACAGUCGGUGGUGGUGGAGGCCUCGGUGGAGCUGGAUGCCACGCAGUCAUCAGUCUUCUUCAUCACCUGUCAGCCGCACCAGUAUGCGUAUUCUGUCUCAGUGGAGGAAUACCCAGCCACGAUUAACGUGCGCAGGAAAAACAACUUCCACAUCGACAGUGCCGAGGAUCUGUAUGUGACUCUGUUCAACUGUUCGGUGGGACGGUCGGACUGCAGUCGAUGUCGUACUGCCGACCCAAAGUACGGCUGCGUUUGGUGCGGUGGUGCCGCCAGCUCUCGCUGCGUUUACCAGGACUCCUGCACCGAUGAGAUCAAACACACCUGCCCUGCUCCAGUCAUUCACUUUUUGGACCCAGUCUCCGGUCCUGUAGAAGGGGGGACGGUUGUGACUAUUUCUGGCUCCAACCUCGGCCAGAGAGCUGAAGACAUCCAGAACUCAGUGACGGUGGCGGGUGUGCCCUGCAGCGUCAUCCACAGCAGAUAUGAAGUCUCCUCGAGGAUCGUGUGUGAGACGACCAGCAGCAGAGGGGAGAAGAGCGGCCAGGCCUCGGUGAAAGUGAGGGGAGGAGGACUCGGACUGUCGGCUCAGAUCUUCAGCUUCCAGAAUCCCAUACUCAACAGCAUCUUCCCCCAAAGAGGGCCGAAGGCAGGGGGCUCGUCUCUCACCAUCAGAGGCCGCAGACUGAGGACUGGACAUCCAAGUGAAGUCAGCGUCCUAAUCGGUGGAGUGCCUUGCCAGGUGCUGAACAUCCAGGACGAUCACAUCAGCUGUCGGACCAGAGGCAGCAACAGAACCGGAGAGCACGGCAUCACUGUGCGGUUCGGUGGUGCAGAGCGCCAUCUGCAGGGUUUGGUGUAUCAUUACACCCCCAACCCGAACAUCACAAAGGCUGCGCCGUCCAAAAGCUUCUUCAGUGGAGGCAGAAUCAUCAAAGUUUCUGGUCAGAACCUGGAUGUGGUCCAGGAGCCAAAAAUGAGGGUCACCCUCAGUCCUCCUGACACCCUCCCUCCCAGGAGGAGAAGGAGCAUCAAUAGGAAGACUAAAGGGAGCCUGAGCAGAAAACUGGAUCACCAGGGUCCACUGAAGAGAUGGAGGAGGAUUGUUCCAGAGGCCGACUGCCCUGAGGGGACACUCUGUCAUGUCAAACAGUACGAGUCUCGCUGCACGGUGAACAGCUCCUCGCUCAUCUUGUGUCCGACCCCGGCCGUGGGCCCGGAGGCCAGGAGGGCCAGGGUCAAAGUCCAGUUCCUUCUCGACAGCCUCCAUUUUGACUUCAGCACCGUGGGGAACGAAGCCUUCAGCUACGAGUCCAACCCCAAGCUCUACUCGCUGAACCAGAAUGACCCCAGCAAGCCAUACCACCAUAAACCUGGCAGCAUCAUCUCUGUUGAGGGCGAGAACCUGGAUCUGGCCAUCUACAAGCAGGAGGUGGAGGCUCGGAUAGGGGAGGGCUUGUGCUCGGUGAAGACCCUGACACACAACCACUUGUACUGCGAACCGCCAUCCCAGCAGCCCUCAGUCACAGCUAGCAAGAAGCAGGACGGCAUGGACAGUCUGCCUGAGUUCACUGUGAAAAUGGGGAACCUGAACUUCUCCCUGGGCAGAGUGCAGUACGACAGCCAGGCUCAGUCUACGUUUCCUCUGGAGGCCCAGGUGGGAGUCGGGGUGGGAGCCUCCAUCGUGGCUCUCAUUGUGCUCAUCAUAGUGCUCAUAUACAGGAGAAAGAGCAAACAGGCCAUGAGGGACUACAAAAAGGUACAGAUCCAGCUGGAGAACCUGGAGACCAGUGUGAGAGACCGCUGUAAGAAGGAGUUCACAGACUUGAUGACAGAGAUGAUGGACAUGUCCAGUGAUUUGGUGGGUUCGGGGAUUCCGUUCCUGGAUUACCGGGCGUACGCCGAGCGCAUUUUCUUCCCGGGCCACCAGGAGUCGCCACUGAGACGAGACCUGGACGUUCCGGAGAGUCGAAGGCAGACGGUGGAGCAAGGGCUGGUUCAGCUGUCCAACCUGCUCAACAGCAAACUGUUUCUCACCAAGUUUAUUCACACACUUGAGGUCCAGCGGACGUUUUCUCCGAGGGACCGGGCCUACGUAGCCUCUCUGCUGACCGUAGCCCUGCACGGUAAACUGGAGUACUUCACAGACAUCCUGAAGACACUUCUGAAUGAUCUAGUGGAGCAAUAUGUGGCCAAGAAUCCCAAACUGAUGCUGAGGAGAACUGAAUCUGUGGUUGAGAAGCUCUUGACAAACUGGAUGUCCAUUUGUCUCUUCACCUUUCUGAGGGAAUCAGCGGGGGAGUCUUUCUACAUGCUGUUCAGAGCAAUAAAGCACCAGGUGGACAAGGGACCUGUGGACGCUGUGACGGGAAAAGCCAAGUACACGCUGAAUGACAACCGGCUGUUACGAGAGGACGUGGAGUAUCGCACGCUGACUCUAAACGUUGUGAUGCCGGCAACUGCUGCAAGCGGAGGCACCACCACGCAGACCGUACCUGCCAAGGUGCUGGACUGUGACACCAUCACCCAAGUGAAGGAGAAGCUUCUGGAACAAACCUGGAAAGGGACGUCCUUUUCCCAGAGGCCACACAUAGACUCACUACAUCUUGAGUGGCGUGCGGGUGUUGCAGGUCACCUAAUCCUGUCAGAUGAGGACUUGACGUCAGUCGUACAAGGCUCGUGGAAGCGCCUCAAUACGCUGCAACACUACAAGGUCCCUGAUGGAGCGACGGUGGCUCUAGUUCCGAGGAACAACAAACAUCACCUCCACGACAGCCACGAUUACAUGCCUGGAGAAAAGACCCCGAUGCUGGACGAUGGGGAGGAAGGCGGCGUCAGGCUCUGGCAUCUGGUGAAAGCCAGCGAGGAGUCGGAGCUGCCCAAGCACAGGAGAGGCAGCGUGAGGGAGAGGGGCGGGGAGAGAGCCAAAGCUAUCCCCGAGAUCUACCUCACCCGCCUGCUCUCCAUGAAGGGCACUCUGCAGAAGUUUGUGGAUGAUUUAUUCACUGCGAUCCUCAGCACCAGUCGUCCCGUACCCCUAGCUGUCAAAUACUUCUUUGACUUGUUGGAUGAGCAGGCUCUGCAGCACAACAUCACGGACCCCGAGACCAUCCACAUCUGGAAAACCAACAGUUUACCACUGCGGUUCUGGAUCAAUAUCCUAAAGAACCCACAGUUCAUCUUCGACGUGCAGACCUCAGACCAUGUGGAUGCCGUGCUUUCCGUCAUUGCCCAGACUUUUAUGGAUUCCUGCACCAUUGCUGACCACAAACUGGGACGGGACUCUCCGAUCAACAAGUUGCUGUACGCCAGAGACAUCCCGCGCUACAAACAGAUGGUGGAGAGAUACUACGCAGACAUCCGACAGACCAUCUCAGCCAGUGACCAGGAGAUGAACUCAGCUCUAGCAGAACUCUCUCGUAAUUACGCCGCCGAGGUGAACUGUCUUGUGGCUUUACACGAGCUGUACAAGUACAUCAACAAAUACUACGAUCAGAUCAUCACAGCCCUGGAAGAGGACUCCACCGCCCAGAAGAUGCAGCUUGGCUACAGGCUCCAACAGAUCGCCGCUGCCGUAGAAAACAAGGUGACAGACCUAUGACCCCGAGGCUGGAAUGGACUUUUCUUUAAACCUUGAAGAGAAGAUAUUGUUGCGAAAACCUCUCCUUGACAUCUCCUUCGGAAAAAACAAAAACGUCUUUCUUUUUUCUUUUUUUUUUUGAACAUAAAGGAUGACAAAGGAAUAUUACUGUGAUAUUAGUGUCAUUCUGACAGACGUUUUUAGUGAAAGGAGACACGAUGUGAAGAGGAUCAGUGACUGUGACCAUGUUUCUUGUGCUGUAUCAAGGGGGUACAGUAAGAAUCCCUUAGAAUUCCCACAGGUCCUCACACUGGGAGUAAAAGGACAGCACUCUGAAGGGGGAAAAAAAAAAAACUGAGAAAAUGUGAAAUACGGCACAUGAAAACUAAGGAACUUUCUCUUUAAGUGUGACAUCUCUUGUGAGGAUGCCCCAUGGUGUUUUAUUCACCUCAAGGGAACAUGAAGAGAGAUCAGUUUUGUUUAGUUUUCCUCUUUCUUGACGGACAUUUUUCUUGAUGAACUGCACAGAACAUUCCCGCCCCGAGUUUAACAGUACGCUUGUUAGUUAGGAAUGAAAAAAAAUCUAAGUGUGCUGGAGGACGAAAACCAUGCAAAGAGGCAAAAGGGAAAAAAAGGGAGGACUUGACCUUUAACAUCGACAGCUGUGGAGUUUUCUACUGUGUUCUGUCAAAGUCUUACAUGAAGAACUGUCAGUGGCUUGAGUCACCGCUUAUCGAAUCUGAAGGAUGUUUCCAUUUUUGCUUUUACUUCCUUAAAUCAUUCAUCCAAGUCUUACUCUGUUUUUUUUUUUAGUUCACACAAAGCAGUUAAAAAGAUGUGUUCUGAGUUCGUCACACCACAGAAACCAUUCAGACAAAUUAGAAUGAAACUACGAUUUUAAAAAAAAAGCAGUAUGUUCUGUUCUUAGGAUGUGAUCACUGAAGGCACUGAAACCAUGUCCAGUUGCAGGAAAGGUGCAGCCUCUCUCACAUGUCAAAUACCACUGCAGUCCAAAAAAAGGAUUUAUUUACUAAGUUUAUCGGACUUGAACGGUCUCACAUGUUUGAGCCACAAGAGCCAGAAACCAAUUCAGAGCCAGAGGAAACCUACAUACCAGAGAAUCAGAGAAUCACUUUGCAGCUGGUUCAGUUUUUUUUUAGGAAUCCUAUCAAAAAUUGCCCAUCAGUGCGGUUGGAGGGUUUGGUAAUUAUAACGUUACACACUAAAGCAAAGAAAAAAAAAAAAAACAUUCAUCUGCAUUUGCUGAGUGACAGGCUUUCCUGCUUAAUCGUGAGCUACUGCACCUACCACAGCUAGCUAUUCCUUCAUCCAGCAGCAAACAGCUCGGUGUCCUUAUUUUAAGUUCCUAAAUACGAUGAGAUAAAGAAGAGGUGGACUGAUUGUGUAAAACUCCACCAACGUCUGCCUGUGCCGUGACCAUUUCGGGGAGUUUUAGAAACUUGGAUUUAUGGAUAACCCGCUGUUACUGGUGAAUGGUGCUGAUCCGAAUCUCCCCUCACCCUCCUAACAUCUGGUGCCACUGUAAGCAACACAUACCCACCAAUGAGCUGCCCUGUGUGCGUAAGCUAUGAUUUGACAAACGCAAAACCCCGAUCCGCAUAUGAUUCCUUGACAUAAAAGGGUUGAUCAGAAAGUUCAAGAGACUGUGCCGAUAAAACAUGAAAAAACUGAUUUAAAUGUGGCUUUUAUCCCCAUCAGGCUAGUGUCCUUGUGCAGUUAUAUAGCAAUUCAAGCACCUCUGCAAUGCUUGUACGCGCUCCCUGGAAGUCCAUUUUUAAAAACAUGUUAAGCACUAUCUGUGAUGACGCUUCAGCUUUAUUUUGGGGAAGAAGAAAAAGCGACAGGGAGCUAAAUCUAGCAAGCGGGACGGGUGGGGUGCGAUUAUUGUGUUGUUGUAGCCAAAAAAAACAUUUGUAAUCAUUGUGCUGUGAACAUUCACACAGCGCUUUUGUGCAACAGUUCAGGUCAUUUGCGCCAAAUGUUCCGACACCUAAAGAUUAAUUAUUACAGAAAAUGCUGUUUCUUCUGUUGGUGGUAGCUGCAGACCCACCGCCCGUCACCAGUGAUGAUCCUCAGCGUGAAGGUUGGCUCAUCUCAACAGUUUGCUAUCCACGGGGAAGUCGCAAAUCUUCCAGUGGUCA